AUGCUGUUUCUCGACGAUUUUCUGGAAAGUAAGUUUCAACUAUAAUUAACUGAGUGUAAAGCAUUUUUAGUGCUCGAGGAGCUCCCUCAGGAGCUGCACGACCGCGGACUCGAUAUGAAGCAACUCGACGCGCAGGUCGAAUGUAAGUUCUUGCUCAAAUAUUUCUUCACCCAAACUACAUUUCUAGUGGGAACUAAACGCAAUCGUGAGGCAACUAACGAUUUUUUCGCCAACGGCCUUUCAAUGAGCGAAGAGGAACGCGCGAUUCGCUAUAAAAUCCUCCAAAGAGUGAGCUCAGCUUAUUUUUGUUCAGAAGCUUCAAAAAAGCAAUUUCUCAGGAAUACGCUAGACUUCGUGAGCUCGCCGAGGAAAAAAUUGCGUUAGCUGAGCGAAUGCAGGUAAAUUGUCUACAAGAUCAACUUGCUUCGAAUGCUGAAAUAAUCAAGUCAAAAGUAUAAUCUCAACUCGUCUUAGGACUUGAUAAACAAGUACGCGAAUCAUCUGGAAAAAGAGAAGACUCACUUUCCAACUGGAAAUGGAGGCCGAUAACCCCGGCGUGACUGAAACCAUCGAAAAACGUGUGAAUUGUCAGUUUCCGCUCAUCCUAUUUUGCUGAAUCUAGGAUAUGCGGAGUACGUGGAGAGCAUGCUUGCGAUGAGAAAAGAACGAAAGAGAAAGCAUACGACAAACGGAUCCGCCGAUUUCUCCGAACAUUUGAACGGAAACGCCGACUUUUCCAAGGAACACGCAGACAAGAUUCAUAGGUUGCUUAUUUUUUUUUUCGGAAGGAAGCAAUUAAUUUUUCUCAGGAUACUCAACGACGGCUCAGUCAGCAAACUUGUCAAAAACGAAUUUUUCGAUGACUUGGUAAUUUUUUUUUCUCUUUCUGAUGUCUUUUGAUACGAAAUUUUUAGUUUCCAAUGUUCAAUUGAUGGAAACAGACCCAAAAAGAUUCAAUUUUUUUGAAAUUUUUUUACAUCUAUUUUUUUCCUUUUUUUGUGUCAAAGGUUUGGAUUUUUUUAUUCUUGUAAACUCAUUAGGAGAGCGUUUUUCCUAAUCAUGUAGUUCUUUUUCCUUUAGAAGUUUCUUUCGAAUACAUUUUGAAAUGGAAGACUUUGAGACGUCGAACGGAACUCCAGUGCCGUCGCCAGCCCCUCGCGGACGACCUCCCAAGUCUUCGCUGAUGCUGAGUUCAGCUUUGGUGACGCCUUUGGCCGAAGACGGGCCGCUCUCGACUCCCGGCCGCGUGGGUCACAUGGUCCAUACCCUUUCUUGUGCUUGUCCCGUCAUUCUCACUUCUUCUCUUUACUUUUCUUCCGAAGUUUCCAUUUCCGACUGUUUCAGCGGCGCUCCAAUGCCGGCAACCUCCGUGGUUCUGUCCACAUCCCCUCGGUCAACGGCGGCGUUUCUUCUACGCGAAUGUCGCCUGCAGUCUCCGAAAAGAGCUGGUCGGCUACCUCAGGCGCCGUCGACGAUUCUUCUAGUUUUGGAGCCGUGAGUAUUUGUAGAGUCUUCAAAAAAUUGGUAUACGGUUUCCUUUGAGGUUCUCCCAAGGGUGAUUAAACCUCGUGGGACAUUGCCUGGUGAGAAUUAUUUUUCUGUCUUUCCAGAACUUCUCCAUGGGACCGCCGUCCACGCCAAAUACAAUGCCAACUUUCGUCGGAUCUGAAAGUCGUCAUGGGCGUCCGAGGAAACUGACAACGCGCGUGCAGGAAAUGUUCAAAGAAGCCGUCCAACGACAGCGGCACCAUCAUCAUUCGUCGCCUAUGCUCACUACGCCUCAGCCGGCGACCGAAGAAGACGACGAAGAAGGUCGUUGUUUCUGUUUCGGCUUGUCGAACCUCGUCUUCCAGGCUCUUCUGACGACGAGGACGGCGAGGACACGCGACGUUGGUGUUUCUGCAGCGAGAAGAGUUACGGCGACAUGGUAGCCUGUGAUAACAAAAGUGUACGACUUCUUUUUCCCCUUCUAUAGAUUUUUCAAAACUAUUUCAAGUUUUCUUUGACUUCAAAGUUCUAAAUAUUUUUUGUUUAGCGGUCUUGAAAAUUUCAAAUAAGUUGCUUUCUGAAUUAUUUUCUCAGAAAAGAUACAUGGGUUCGCUUUAAAAAUCAAAAAGUAUUUUUCUAAUUGAUACUCAAUCUUUUUUUCUCGGCGCUCAAGAGUGCACUGAUGAGGUUUUUUUUUUUUGCCUUCUUUCUAAAUACUUCGAGUUCAUGCAUAAUAAAAAGUAAUCGACUUCAGCAUUCGCCUGAAGAAGUUAAUCACUUUUGAAAAUAUUGAUACAUUGGAUUUUUCGUAGAACUCAAAAUAUAUAUAUUAAAAAAAAGAAGAAGACCCAAUUGUACUAAAUUAUUGAGUUUUUUUGUUGCCCAAUGUAAAAUUCACGUUCAAAAAGAAAGGAACAGUAAUUUACUGAAAAAAAUCUUCUGAUAUAAGUUUCUAGGAGUCUGCCCUAAAACUUUUUCAGUAACUAGUAGAUAGUCCCUCUAAAAAAGAUAACUGUUAAGCGCCAUACAUCUUCUAGCGGAAAAAAAAAUAAUAAAGCAGAAUGUUCCUAUUAAUGCUUUUUUCUGAAUCUUUUUUUUCUAUAAAAAAAAAGUGAAAAGAGAAAAAAAUGAACCAAGAAAAGCAUUUAGAGGUCGGAAAAAAAAAUGAAAAGCUAAAACUUCAUAAAACAGUGAGAAGAAAAGCAUUGUGUUUUUAGAGAAAAACGAGGUUUUGACACCAAAAAAGCUAUCAAACAACUAUAUUCGUUUUUUUCCUGCUUGUGAAAAUUUAUAAAAAAAUUUGGCCAUUUGGACGGUCUGCAGUGUCCCUACCAGUGGUUCCACUACCCGUGCGUCGGCAUAACGGCACCUCCACGAGGUCGUUGGUUCUGUCCGCGUUGUCAGCCGGCGCUCGACGCCGAUGCCUCUGCCGAAGUCUCCUCCGCUCUUUGA